GUGCAGGAAUUGAGAUUGGAUCAAAUAAACCGACCUUUGCAGCGCACGAGGACGAAUGAUCCCAAGAAGGUCAAAGAUUUGGCGGAGUCGAUUGCAGAGAUUGGGCUGCAAGAACCGAUCGAUGUCUUGGAGGUGGAAGGACAGUAUUAUGGAUUCUCUGGCUGUCACAGAUAUGAGGCACAUCAACAGCUUGGCAGGGAGACAAUACUAUGCAAGGUAAGACGAGGCAGCAGGACUACCCUGAAGAUGCACAUGAUGUAG